AUGGAUUACAGAAAGGGUAAAUUCCUUUUUUCUCUAUACAAGAAUGACCCAAAAACUAUGUCAGAUGUGCUGUACAGGGCAACCAAGUACAUGAAUGCAAAAGAUGUGUUGUUGGCCCGAGAAGAAAAGCCGAGGAAGAGGGAAAGACAAGAGGACGUACGGCAGGAUAGGGGGUGGAAGAUGGCCAGGACUAGAGAAUGGUGGGAAGACAGGUGUUCCAUGCCCUCCAUGAGAAAAUUCGUGAGUUUCACUUUGCUGACUGCCUCGAUCGACCAAGUCCUGAUGCAGAUUAAGGACGAAGGAGCUCUGACCUUCCUUGGCAAGCUGAAGGGAGAUCCAAAUAAGAGGUCUAGAGACAAGUAUUAUCGCUUUCACCAUGAUCAUGGCCAUGACACAACUGACUAUUACGACCUAAAGCAACAAAUUGAAGCCCUUAUCAGACAAGGAAAGCUACAGAGGUUUGUCAGCAAAGAGAGGACGGACCCACCUCAAGAGCAGGCUCCUCGACGGGAGAAUGAGCGCCCCAGGCCGCCCAUAGGAGAUAUAAGAAUGAUUGUAAGGGGCACGACGAUUAUUAGGUCAUCCAAAAAGGCUCGUAAGACUUACCUCAGGAUGGUUCAGAACGUCCAGCUAACGAUUUCUGUACCCAAGAUCGUACGGAUAGACAACCCCUUCAUCGGACUCUCGAAAGAAGAUGCCCGACAUCUUCACCACCCAUAUGACGAUGCACUUGUCAUUAGCAUACGAGUAGGGGAUUAUAACACGCAUUGGGUUUUGGUCGACAAUGGCAGCUCGGCUGACAUCAUUUACUAUCUAGCAUUUUAG